GUCGAAGGUGGCUUGCAAGUGGACUUUACCCUACCUGACGCACUUCGUCACCCCUCCACAGCAAGCUAUAAGCUACAUAUUAUUCGGCUGCCUCACGAGCAUACCAAAAUCCAGUCCACUCCUCGACAAAUUCCCCAAUCUUCUCACCAGCGAGAAAUAUGUCUGAGGCGCCAAUCGUGCUUGACGGAGGCACUGGUUUCCUCAAAGCAGGUUUCGCUGGCCAGAACUUUCCGGAUCACCAGUACCCUUCCAUAGUCGGUCGACCGAUACUCCGAUCAGAGGAACGAGAUGCGACACUGGGUGAUGUCGUCAUCAAGGACAUCAUGUGCGGCGACGAGGCCGCCGCCGCCCGCUCGAUGUUGCAAAUCACCUAUCCAAUGGAAAAUGGUAUUGUAAAACGCUGGGACGAUAUGCAACACCUUUGGGACUACACCUUCUUCGAGAAAAUGCGCCUAGAUCCCACCGGUCGCAAGAUCCUGCUCACAGAGCCACCACUUAACCCGCUCAAGAACCGCGAACAAAUGUGCGAAGUCAUGUUCGAGCGCUACGGAUUUGGUGGCGUUUACGUCGCCAUCCAGGCAGUGCUCGCGUUGUACGCCCAGGGUCUCAGCUCAGGUGUCGUUGUUGACAGUGGAGAUGGUGUUACGCACAUUGUGCCUGUAUACGAGAGCACCGUACUAAAUCACUUGACAAGACGUUUAGACGUUGCAGGAAGAGACGUGACAAGGAAUCUGAUCUCUUUACUUUUGCGCAGAGGCUAUGCACUCAACAGAACAGCGGAUUUUGAGACAGUGCGCCAGAUCAAGGAGAAGCUUUGCUACGUUUCAUAUGAUCUCGAGCUCGAUCAGCGGCUUAGCGAAGAGACGACUGUACUUGUGGAGUCAUAUACUCUUCCUGAUGGGCGAGUCAUCCGAGUGGGCAGCGAGCGAUUCGAAGCCCCGGAGUGUCUGUUUCAACCACAUCUGGUUGACGUUGAACAGCCAGGAAUCGCAGAAUUUCUUUUCAACACCAUUCAAGCUGCAGAUGUCGAUGUGAGAAGCAGCCUGUACAAGGCUAUUGUCCUGUCUGGUGGUAGCAGCAUGUAUCCAGGUCUUCCUAGUCGACUGGAAAAGGAAUUGAAGCAAUUGUGGCUUACCAGGGUUUUGCAGGGCAAUCCUGAGCGAUUAAAUAAAUUUAAGGUCAGGAUAGAAGAUCCUCCCCGUAGAAGACAUAUGGUAUUUUUAGGUGGUGCUGUGCUAGCAAAUAUCAUGGCAGACAAGAAUGACAUGUGGAUUUCAAAGGAAGAAUGGGCCGAGCAAGGUGCGCGUGCGCUCGAAAAACUAGGUCCUAGAUAAAAGAAGUUUAUGUAGCGAUUUACUAGAGCAUUCCAUCUGACGCAACAUCUCUUACUGGGGAUAAAUUAAGCCAUGCCGUGUUUCAGCAUUCUAUGCGGACAGUCCCUGGUUUAGACACUUGUGGACGAAGACAUGUGCUGCUCCUAGCAAAUUAAAUAGUUCCCUGGAAUUCUCCGCCUCAAAUUACACAACAUUGUGUUGUAAUUUUCA